AUGCCUAAAAGAUCAAAUUCGAUCACCACUUCUCAUGAACUACCCUCUUCACGUCCAUCUCGCACACGGAAACCUCCUACUCCAAUCUAUCCUCAUGGUCCUCAAUACGAUGAACAAUCUACUCGACCAAAGCGAUCUAGUGCUUCUCAAAUACCUCAUAGACCAGUUGACUCUCAUGCCCGAACUCGAGCGGCUCAUAAUGUGAUCGGUGCAGAGAACACUCAGAAAGUACAUCAAAACGGUUAUGGUUCAGCUUCAGCACCCGAUUAUCACUCACAGGAUCAAUACAUCAAUUCAGAUGAACGAGAUGCUGAAGGUGAAGAUGAUGAUCAAGAUGAAGAUCAAGAAAAUCAUACAUACGGACAUCCAGAUUCAGGAAGUGAAUAUAAUGGUGAUAAAGAUGAUGCAGAACAUGAUCGAUCAGUUUCAAUCGAACAUCCACCAUCAGAUUGUAGUGGUGCAGUCGUCAAAAAGAAAGCAAAGUCAUCUAGGUCUAAAAAAUCAAAGAUUACAAGUACAUCUGAUGAAGGUGACACGACUCCUGAAGAAGAAGAGGAAGAAGAAGAUCGCAUUUCAAUACACGAAUCAGAUGAAGAUGACCUUCCCUUAAGCUCGAGAGCUCAGAGAAAGACGGUCCUGGAUAAAUUAGCUACUCAGAGAAAAGGUGCCAAUCAUACCAGCGGGGCCACUCGUCGUAGUACGCGUGGGUUAAAGAACAAGGGUGACGAAAGUGAAACAGCUCAGAACGCUCACGAGGAACAUGCUGGACGUACACUUCGAACUCGUGAUAAAAAAGUGAAUUAUGAGAUUGCUGCCUUUCCGAUCUUUGAGUCAACCGAUAAGCCUCGGUCGAGGAAGAGCGGUGGUAAAGAUAUCCGAUUACCUUAUUCAAUGUCCGGAAAACAAUAUGAUCAAUUCUUUGGUCAAGCUCGACCCGGUCAUGAUUCAGACGAAGAAACUGGGGCCGCUUUUACUGCCAACAAACUUGCGGGUGCGGGUAUCUUGGGAGGAGCAGCUGCUUCAACAGGUCUCUUUGGUGGUGGUCUCUUCGAUCCUGGUAAUAUGGGUGGUGGUGGACCAAGCAAUAUGGGAAAGAUGUCUGGAGCGACGAAUUUGGCCGAUACCGACCCACUCGGGGUACAAACAAAUAUCGACUUUAGCCAUGUAGGAGGAAUGGAACAUCAUAUUCAACAAUUAAAAGAAAUGGUCUCUCUCCCUCUCCUUUAUCCAGAAGUCUUUCAACGCUUUCAAAUCACCCCGCCUCGAGGUGUGCUAUUUCAUGGGCCACCUGGUACAGGGAAAACUCUUUUGGCACGUGCGCUAGCUGCGAGCUGUAGCAGUGAGGGACAAAAGAUUGCUUUCUUCAUGCGUAAAGGAGCCGAUUGUCUGAGUAAAUGGGUCGGUGAAGCUGAAAGACAAUUACGUCUUCUCUUUGAGGAGGCUAAAAACUGUCAACCAAGUAUAAUCUUUUUCGAUGAAAUUGAUGGUUUGGCACCGGUACGGAGUAGUAAACAGGAACAGAUUCAUGCUUCAAUUGUCUCUACACUUCUUUCUCUCAUGGACGGGAUGGAUGGUAGGGGUCAAGUGGUGAUCAUCGGUGCUACCAACAGACCUGAUGCGGUGGAUCCCGCCUUGCGUCGUCCGGGUCGGUUCGAUCGAGAGUUUUAUUUCCCUUUACCUAAUCGAGAUGCUCGAUUGAGUAUUAUUGACAUUCACACUCGUGGAUGGGAUCCUCCGCUGGAAAAUUCGUUCAAAUCUGAGCUAGCUGAGCUGACAAAAGGCUAUGGUGGUGCUGACCUACGUGCACUAUGUACGGAAGCUGCUAUGAAUGCAGUACAGCGGAUAUACCCUCAGAUUUACAAGUCUACAGAUCGACUUGUGAUUGACCCCAAAAAUAUCAACGUCGUCGCACGAGACUUUACCAUUGCUCAAAAACAUCUUAUACCAUCCACUAGUCGAUCCUCAAGUAGUGCUGCGUCCCCUCUACCACCUCAAUUACUCCCAUUAUUGGCUACAUGGCUGGAACGUGCGAAAGAGACACUGUCCAAGAUCCUACCGGAUAUCAAGAAACCAAACGUGUUGGAAGAAGCUGAGUAUGAAGAAGACGCAGGCGGUGGAUUCGAGCGAGAAAAGAUGAUUCAAUCUUUCGAAACCCUGCGAGUCUUCCGACCCCGAAUGAUCAUCUCGGGGCCACAGGGAUGCGGGCAGAGCUACAUCGGUAGCGCGAUCCUGCAUCACCUGGAAGGAUAUCAUGUACAAACUCUUGAUCUGGCCAAUCUGAUCAGUGAUUCCACAAUUAGUCCCGAUGCAAGGGCAGUCCAGAUUUUCACCGAAGCCAAACGACACAAACCAUCAGUGCUGUAUAUCCCAGCCUUACAUAAUUGGAAUGCACCCAUAUUGGAAGGCGUCAAGGCAACCAUCACGAGUCUACUAGAUGAACUCAAGAGUUCAGAUCCGAUCUUGCUCCUAGGCAUCGUGAAUUGUCCAAUGAACCAACUCCCUUCGUCAGUUCGAUCAUGGUUCGGAAUCACAAAGACGAAUCGAAUAGUGUUGGAACCUCCAGAUUUGAAUCGACGUGAAUCAUUCUUUGCUGAGACGUUUGCGAGUAUUAACCGGCCGCCUAAUCGAUUUCCAGAUGGGAUUCCACGUAAAAAACGUAUACUCGAAGUCUUACCUAAGGCACCACCACGAGCGCCACAUCGAAAGUUGGUAGAGUACCUCAAGUUUCGUUUGGGACCUGUUCUGAACGAACUGAAAAAGAAACAUAAACGGUUCACAAAAUCUAUUGGACCUGAUCCAACUGAAUUGGCUAGAUUAAAAGAGGAGGCAGCAGCAUUGCAAGCUGCCUCAGGAGCACCUCCACCUUUGAUAGAAUUUUACAACAUCGACUUAGAUGGGAUGCAUUAUAAGCUUUAUUACAGCAAAUAUCUUACUUCACAACAAUUCAUAGCUGAUGUUGAACGAAUCGUUCAUAAUGCUGAACUUGACUCACAACUCUCAGGUUUAUCUGAUCGAGAAUUACCAGUGAAGGCACAAGCGAUGUUGACACAUACGAAGAUCAUGGUAGAACAAGCUUGUGAUCAACAAUUUGAUUUUGAAUGUGCAAGGAUGUAUGAACGAAUGAAAUUACGAGAUCCUAAGUUGGGACAAGAGAAGAAGAAGGAUCGAGUCGGAUCAGGAGUGAUUGUGAUUGGAGCAGAUCUACCGACUAGACAGAGUAAUCGAAACAGUGGUAAAGAACCAGAGUAUUCGUAUAAUCCGGAUUUGAGUGAAAGAGGGAUCAAACGGCUUAUGGAAGUAGAAGAUAUUGGGGAUGAGGAAAGGCAACAGAAAAGAAGUAAGGCGGAUGAAGAAAUACAGCUGUGUGAGUCGAAUGAUCAUCAGGAUCAGAAUCUUCCUCAACAUGAAUCGAUUGUCGAGCAAAUCACUGCACCGAUUUCGAACCUGGAUAGGUCUACUUCACCUAGUUAUGAACCAGGUGAAGCACCACCUAUGCAGACCUUUACUGAUCUUCAAGCUCCUCAAGCUGGUCCAUCAUCAUCAUUGAAUUUCUUGAACAACGGUCAAGGAGAAGUUGGAACAUUCUUACCAAAUGAGAAUAGCUUAUUAGAUGGAACAGAGAUUGAAGAGUUACCUAUGAUGAAUGAAGACUUAGAAGAAGAAGAGGCAGAACGGAUAGAGGAGAUGAUCAAAGAAGAAGAAGAAUUUGUAGUACCGGAAGAUGAAUUGAAUGAAUUGAUGGUGAACUUGGUGGAAGAGAGUGAAGGAUUGGUUGUAGAUGAAUUAGAAGAACUUAGAGCAGGCUUAUAUGAAAUCAUUUGGAGAUUUAGAUCAGAUUGGAAUCGGAUGAGAAUGAUUGAUGGGUUAAGAGAGUUUUUGAAGAUGUUUUUGGAGGGGAUUAGGUUGAGAAAAGUUGAUGAACUUGAACAAGAAGAAGAAGAGGAUUGA